AUGCUCGCUCGGACGGCCACUAGCAAGAAAACUGAGAAGAAAUUCAACGUCUGGGUGCUUACGUGGAACGUUGCCGCUCAGAAGACUCCCAGCGAGGUCCCCGCAGAACUGAUCCCACCGGAUGGUACCGAAAUAGUAUUCAUAAGUCUCCAGGAGACGAUAGAGUUGAAGCCCGUUAACGUGUUGUGGAAGGACAAUCAUAACACAUACCGAUGGCUCGACAUUUGGGACAGUGCCCUCUCCAACUACAUUCUGGUUGGUUACGUCGAACUUGUUGGAAUUCUCCUAGCGUGUUUUGUAGCUAAAGAUGUUCAUAAGUACGUCGAUUACGUGUCCCAGGAUGUAUGUAAAACUGGUACCUAUGGCUAUACUGGAAACAAAGGAGCCGCUGGGAUGCGCCUCCUUAUUGGAGAUACUUCCGUGGUUGCAGUCGCGGUGCAUCUAUCUGCUGGCGAAGGAGGAUCUCAAAUGCGACGCCGACAGUACCGCAGAAUUCUAGAGAAUAUAAGAUUCAACUCGAUGCAUUGUUUUGAGUCAACUGCGAUGUUUGUUUUCGGCGACUGGAAUGCCAGAUCGGAAAUCGCCUUUGACGAGACCACUGAUGAGCUCGUAUCCGGAUCAAGAGUGCCGCCGUUGAAUACUCUUUGGGAGCCCCCACUGAGCUUCAAGCCCACCUAUAAAAUGAUAGUCGGGACAGAAGGGCAACGAUUCGCGUCUAAGCGUGUACCCAGUUGGUGUGACCGUAUUUUGUGCCGAGCGUCCUUCCCGCAAGCUCUGAUUCCACAAGAGUAUCGAUCAGUUCCCCAGGUCGAUACCAGCGACCAUUCUCCUGUCAUUGGCAUCUAUGAACUGUGUGUCACCAACGCUGUGUAA